AUGUCUUCCACAGAACAUCCCUCCAUCCCCACGUGGACCGAAGGAGACUUCGAACACCCCAACAAGGCACUCCGCCGGUCGAUGACUAUUGCACUGGUGUUUGCUUACACCUUGUCCACUCUUUCUGUUGGUCUGAGGAUACUAGCAAGGAAGAUGACCGGAAGCCGGCUCUUCAUGGAUGACUACUUGAUUAUCAUGGCUCUAAUCUUCAAAUAUGCAUGCUCCUCUGGUGUUGUCGUUUUAUUUUAUAACGGACUGGGGUCCCACAUCACAAUGAUCCCUGUUGAGAAUCUCCUGGUUUAUCUCAAACUCGGAUUCGCCAAUUCAUUCAUCUAUACUGGAUGCAUCGCCUUCAUCAAAUACUCCAUUCUCGCCCUAUACAAGCGACUCUUCGCUGUCCGACACAUGGUGAUUGCAGUGAAUGUCAUGUUCGGAUUCGUCACCCUCUGGGUUGUGGGUGUAUACGUCGCCGGUGCUCUUCUAUGCAUUCCCGUCAGCAAGUUCUGGGACCCGUCGAUUCCAGGAGCUUGCCUUGACCCCGCCAAGUUCUACUACGGCAUCCAGAUCCCUAACAUCCUCUCCGACCUCAUCCUCUUGAUCAUGCCCAUGCGAGUUGUGUGGGCAUUGCCGAUCCCGAAGUCUCAAAAGGCAGCACUUUCUGGAGUCUUCCUCGUCGGUGGCCUAACAUUGAUAUUCGAUAUCUUCCGCCUCAAUGCCAUGAUUAAACUGGUCGAGGCUGGCCCCGAUAUUACCUACAACCAAGUACCCGUCAUCGUGUGGACCUGCAUCGAAGCAGCAGUUGGAAUCACAGCUGCUUGCCUUCCCAACCUCCGCCCUCUGUUUACGAUCGGCAAACGCAACUUCUGGUCUCAAAUUCGCUCUGCCAACAACGUUUCUGAGAUGUCUGAUAAGACUCUUGUGACCUCGAGCAACCCUGGAGGCGUUACCACCACCAUCACUUCCUCCUCGCACAAGAAGAGUGACUCGUUUAUGACUGCACAAGGCUCCGACGAGUCCCAGUACGACAACUACCGGGAUGAUAAGGAGAUGGAGAGAGUCUAG